UCAUUACAUUAAAAUGACGGUCGUACAGUAAGCUGUCAAAAGCUUGUUGCUUAAAUCUUUGCAGCGCUGCAAAGUGGGGAAGAAAUUAGGUCGGACAAGCUUUAAUUCUUGGUGCGGGGCGGGAAUUAGACGGACUAUCGAGCAGUCACAUUGGGGACACUUGACAUCUUGUUUUCCGCGAGUUCAGUCGCCGUUUUGUCCGUGUGUCCUCCUGGCUGCUGCUGCUGCUGCUGCGUGAUAUCCGUUCCUCACGAUGAGAUCAGCAAAAGACGUGCCUUUGAGAAGAAAACCCCAGCCUGAAGUUGGCUCCCGGUCAUAGCUGGCCUAUCCUCUGAUUUUAAACACCAAUUUAAGAACUAGCAUAUGAAAUCUCGACAGGAAACCUUUUGGUGCAAGUUUGCACACAUUCAGCACCAAAGAGAUUACUGAACUUCAGCCAUAAGAAGAAACGGAGAGAAGAAAAUGACCUAAGAACGUUUUGCUGAAAUAACAUCUGGAUGUGAAUUCUUUAAAAAAAGAAAAGAACAAAACUGGAUUUACACUUAUAUGUUGUAUUAAUCUUCAGCUAUUAUUGUGGGAUUUCUUUGAACCGUGAGGUUGACAUUUAAAAUUUACUGUGUGGUGAAACAUCUUGGACAUGGCGCUAAAUAUGUCUUCUGUAAGAGACACCAAAUGGCUGACGUUGGAAGUCUGUCGCCAAUUUCAGCGGGGAAACUGUUCACGCAGUGAUGAGGAAUGCAAAUUUGCACAUCCACCCAAGAGCUGCCAGGUGGAAAAUGGAAGAGUCAUUGCCUGCUUUGACUCUUUGAAGGGCAGAUGCUCAAGAGAAAACUGCAAGUAUCUCCAUCCUCCUUCUCAUCUGAAAACCCAGUUGGAGAUAAAUGGGCGCAACAACCUCAUCCAGCAGAAGACAGCUGCUGCUGUGCUUGCUCAGCAGAUGCAGCUGAUGAUCCCUGGACCAAGUCUGCAGCCUGUGGGACUUGGAACUAAUACCAGUCUUGGUUAUGGGUCAUAUAUCACCCCUUUGAGCCAUGGAAUGAGUCUCAUUCCCUCAGACAUCCUCUCCAGCACCUCAGUUCUUGUCCCUGGCAGCUCAGCUGUCACAGUGCAGUGUUCCUCCUCUUCUUCCUCAUCUUCUUCUUCUCCAUCACAAAAGCUGCCACGUGCAGACAAAUUAGAGGUGUGCCGGGAGUUUCAGCGGGGUAACUGCUCGAGAGGGGAGACAGAUUGCCGCUUUGCUCAUCCCACUGACAGCCCAAUGAUUGACACCACCGAUAAUACAGUCACUGUUUGCAUGGACUACAUCAAGAGCCGCUGCUCCAGGGAGAAGUGCAAGUAUUUUCACCCGCCUGCACACUUGCAGGCCAAAAUCAAAUCCAGUCAACAACAAGUCAGUCAGACCGGGUUGGCAGGCCAAGCCACAGCUGCAGCCAUGACUCAGUCGACCGCCAAAGCAAUGAAGCGACCCCUCGAGGCAGCUGUAGACCUGGCCUUCCCACCCAGCGUCCUGCAGCCCUUACCAAAGAGACCAGCCCUUGAGAAGAGCAGCUGGGCCAGCUCUCUCCUUUCACCCAGUUUAUUGCACUACCAGCAGGCUUUGGCUAAUUCACAGUUGCAGCAGGCUACAGCAGCAUUUUAUCCUGCAGGUUCUGUCUUCUGCAUGACUCCUGCUAACAACAUUGAUCAUCCUCAAGUAACCAUCAGAAACAGACAUCAGUGCCACGUCGCAGCAGUCAGAGGUCCUUUACAACCUCCGUACAAACAGUCCACUAGCCUCACACACAGCAUCCAACAACCUGCAUGUUAAUAAUGUUGCUACUGAAAUGAGGGUUUCUUUGCAUUAUAGAAGCUUUGCUGUAAGUGCACGCUUUUACGCCUGUGUUAAAUGCAUUUUCAAUUAUUUGCGUGAUGCGUUGCCCCCUUUGCCGGUUCUGUUGAAGUCGAGGAUGAAAGUAUUUUGUCUAAUUAUACACAUUGUACAGUAACCUGGUCUGUUAAAAAGGCAUUUCUGAACAAUUACAACAAAAAACCCCCACAAACAGCAGACAAAACAGUGUAAAUACAAUAUAAAAAUAUUCUUUUGAACUAAUCUUAACUCAAAUAAUAGAGCUCUUACUUGUAAACCAUUUAAGUAUGUAGAUAUGUAUGGUUGAAAACAUUGAUUUUGGUCACAGAAAUGUCAGGUUGGUCCUAUAUUGCAGAUUGUUUUUAUCUUCUUGAAUGUGCUAUUUAAUUAAAGGUUGUUUUUUUUUAUGACAAUUUCAUAGUGCCAGAUUUAAAUAUAUUUAACAAAACCAGUGGAAAGCACUUAUUCUAACUUUUAACCUCAUGUUAUGUUAAAUGAUAGCUGGCUUGUGGACAUCCCUUUAAAAUGCUCAGAAAGCUCCCUAGAGAACUGGAUCAGUGCUCCACCUUCUGGUGUGCCUUUGCAUUGCAUAGACAGGCUCUAUGCUGAGAGGAAAUGCUGUAUAAUUCAUCUGAUGUCAAAUAGUAGACCCAUUCAUAAAACAUUAUGUCCUUUUAACAGUAUAAACUUCAUAUUACAAGUCAGAUGCUUAGAAGAUACGGUUUAAGCUGUAGGAAGAGCGGCUACAGACAGGAGAGAUUGCGAGGAAUACAACUGCUAAUAUUUAAACUAACAUUGUUGCGUGAACAUUGGCAGAACUGUUUUGUUUGAAUGUUACAAGUGCCUAAACAAUUGUAGGUAGAAUUGCAAAACACAGUCAAUAUUUUCAGAAAACAGUGUAAAUACUGAAGUUACUUUCUCUGAACCUAGAUUUUAUUUUGAGUGCCUGGAACUUUCCUGCAUCUUACCAGCUGCUUUCUCAAACUUACUGAGUUCCUAUAGAAAAGGAGCAGCAUUUUGAAGUGACUUGUAACUUUUCUUGAACUUGCGGUAAUAUGUUUUAAAUCGGUCCUAAGAACCUUCCAGGUACCCAGAUACAACUCGCCUCAUAAUACACCCUGCCUCAUGAAAAUAUUUAGUAUGUUCCACGAAAGUACUGAACAAGUUUUGUGUCAGUUCCUGAAAAGAGAGCUUGGUAAGUUGUAGGAAAGUUCCACAGGGUACCUGGUAAAAUCCAGAUAGGUUCCACAAAAGUUUCAGGAAAAUACCUGGUAGGUUCUCUAAAAGUUCCAGGAAAGUGUCAAGUUUUAGGAAAGCACGACCCUAACGUUCCUGAAAAGUAACCUCUAAGUCCAGUAAAGUGCAGGCUGUAUUUUAUAGUGCUACUGAAUUGUACAUGCAAUGACAUCUGAAAAAAGUUUUGUGUGAAAAUCACUUCAGUAAUGUACUAAUUAAGUUUGAGAUAGAUUUCCAUGCAUAGUUUGCAGUGAAUUAGUAUUUUCUCAAAAUUCAGAUAAGGUUUUGUCCUUGAAUACAUUUCUCACUGAUGUUCAAACAGAUGUGUGCUGUGCAUAGGACCUAAUAUCCAGGUUUAAAAUUAUAUUGUUAAAAACUAUGUUAAAAUACUUUUUGAUUUGAUAGAAUUUUAGAAAUAAAAAUUGUUUUGGUGAAAUGUAUUUGUGUGGUUAAACCAUCACAGCAGCCAGACUGACAUUUGUUUCUUUUAAGAAAAUAAUUUCUCUCUUGUAUAUUUGUAUUUUCUAUUCCAUUCUUUAGUUCUGUGUCUUACAAACUUUUGCCGAUUCCGUAUUUGUUUACCAUCCUUGAAUCAUUUCACACUUCAUUAGUUGACACUAAAAUAUGGAUAUUUUGCUAGUUUAGGACCCUUAAAGUGUAUUCUAUUAUAUUUUAUGAUGAAUGUAAUUUAUUAAACUGACUUUGGAUCUGUUCAGUUCCUUUAAAAACCUUGACUUAUGGUUUUAGCCUACUAAAAUAAAAAAAUCAGGAUAAAGAAGAAUCCGAAAACAUUCAGUUCUUGUCGCUGCCUUGUUACCUGUAAGAGACAAUGAAUGUCUGUAUAAACAAGGCUGUUAAGUUGCUUGUUAUGUGCAGAAGUGCAUUGUACCAUUUGUACAAAGAUCUGAAACUAAAACAGCUUGUGAUUUAAUGAUGCUAUUGCGAUUGUUUGUAUAGCACUUUCUUUUUAAAUGUUACAAAGUGCUUUACGUGAGUAUGUCAGAUGAGUUGGUUCAGAAAGGUCUUCUCAAGAUUAGAAUAAUAAAAUGUGUAAUAAAGACAUUAAGAUAUUUAAUUGGAUGUCAGGAAUUAAAGUGAUUGAAAACUUUCCAAAAUUAUGCACAACCCUUAAAAUUAUUUGAUUUUAUUUUACUUUAAAGCCACAAACUCCAGUAUUUUAUUGGUAUUUAUUUAAUACACAAAGACAAAGUGAACAUAAAAGGAUACAUGAUACAUAUGUUUUUGAUCUUUCAGAUAAGAUCAAAAACAUAUGGAAAGCAGUUGUUUUUAAGCUCUAAAGAAACCGUAACAGUAACAAUUAGGACUCCUAAGUUUCAUAUCUUUGGGUCUGCAAAGACCUCAGGGAGAAUCUUGACAACGAAACUACUAAUGUUUCACUGAUGAAAAGUGUAAAAACAUAAAAAGUACAGUUUGAAGUUUGUUACAAGGCAAGUAUGGCACAUAGCUAAAAUGUGGAAGAAUGUACUUUGGUCAGAUGGGAAAAAAUUGUAACCAUUCGACUUGUGUCAAAAGUUGUAUGUGUGGCAAAAAACCAGAGUCCUCCAUGAAACAAUUGAAAUGUGGCACCUUUUGGUUGUCUGUAGGGUGAAAAGACCAGAACAGCAUGUGGGUGGGGGGGCUGCAGGCCACGCAAUAUUGUUACGCCUCUGGGAUACAGCGGAAAGUUGUCACAGCUCUGUAGCAGCUGACAUAUGUAGGAGUGAGCCAGCUUUCUGACUCAAAGGGUGAUGUAGCGAUUUACAGCAAUCGUGCAUCACUUCACUCACAUCAUUUCUUGGUAUUAACACACCCCAGAGGGUUCGUGCUGGAGAGCACAAAGAUGGGAUAGAUCACUGGCUGUCAGCCAAGGGUAGACUCUUCAGUACCAUUUAUGCAUGAAAAAGGACAAAACUGGAAAGGCGACACUUCUCCAAUGUGUUUAAAUGCCUAUAACGAAGAUGUUGGACAAUCAUUUUCCUUUUGUUUUUCAAAAGCUACAUUCUUAACUUGAUUUGUGAUUUAAGAAGAGUG